AAUGCACUGCGCGCUGACGUUGUGUCAACUCCCGGUCAGAACUUUCACGAAAUUUCUCUCGCGUUGCGUCAACUGCGAGUUCUGCUGUGAAGGUGAAAGCCCGAUCAGCGCGUUAUUUGUUGGUUGUGUUAGUGUGUGUGUGUAGAAGCGAUGUUGGUGGCGAGGUUAGCGUGCCUGCGGGUUCUCCCCGUGUCCGGUCUGAGGUCGACUCUGACCCUGAAGAUCCCGGCCCUCAAACCUGCUACGCCCCUGAUCAAAUCUCAACAGGGUUACGCCACCAGACCGAGGUUUGGUCUGCAGCGCAGUAAGACGGCCAGAGACCGGCUCCAGGAGGGAGCGUUCGAACCGGCUACGGACACGGCCUUUAAAGUUGAUCAGAUGGGGAGGAUGAUUCUGGCGGGCGGAGCCGCAGUUGGACUCGGAGCUCUGUGUUAUUACGGUCUCGGCAUGUCCAAUGAGCUCGGGGCUCUAGAGAAGUCUGUUAUCUGGCCGCAGUAUGUGAAGGACCGUAUCCACUCCACCUACAUGUACUUUGCGGGCAGUGUGGGCGUGACCGCUCUCUCCGCCGUGGCCGUCAGCAGGACUCCGGCUCUCCUGGGUCUCAUGAUGAAAGGAUCCUGGCUGGCUAUAGGAGCGACGUUCGCCGCGAUGAUCGGUGCCGGGAUGCUGGUCAGGUCCAUCUCCUACGAGCACAGUCCCAUUCCUAAACACCUGGCCUGGAUGCUGUAUGCAGGUGUAAUGGGCGCUGUCGUGGCUCCCCUCACGCUGCUGGGCGGUCCCCUGAUGAUGCGUGCGGCGUGGUACACAGCGGGCAUCGUGGGCGGUCUCUCCACCGUGGCCAUGUGUGCUCCCAGUGAGAAGUUUCUGAACAUGGGCGGGCCUCUCGCCGCCGGCCUCGGAGUAGUCUUCGUCUCCUCACUGGGCACGAUGUUCCUGCCCCCCACCUCGGUGUUCGGAGCAGGUCUGUACUCGGUGGCCGUUUAUGGAGGUCUGAUACUCUUCAGUAUGUUCCUGCUGUACGACACACAGAAGGUGAUCAAGCGAGCCGAGACGUACCCGCUGUACGCCGCGCAGAAAUACGACCCCAUCAACGCGUGUAUGGGCAUCUACACGGAUACACUCAACAUCUUCAUUCGAUUGGUCAUGAUUCUGGCCAAUGGCGGUGGAGGAAAGAGGAAGUAAAUCAUCUUCAUCAUCCUCCUCCUCCUCUUGAAGGGAGUGAGAUUGGACUGUGAACUGUUUAUAAGCGAAAGAGGGAGAAACCAAACCCAUUACUGCUUUUGGGGUUUAGUUUAAUUGAUAUACUCUAUCACAGGCACACAGGACAGAGUAAUUAUAGAUAUUAUUUUCUGUUAUUUAUUUAAAAAAUAUAUAAUGAAAAGACUGUAAUAGUAUCUGAUCAUAUGUGACGUGUCUCUGUGUUCAGUCUGUGUGCGGUGGAGCUUCAUUAGCACUCUGUUAACGUCAUGUCUCGAUGCUUUAAACUUUUUUUUUUUUCUCCAGUAAAUAUAACCUCUUAAACUCUUUAAAAGUGAAAAGAGAGAAAUUCACAGUUAAAGAGUUCAUUCCAGAUCCAGUUGUGUUUCACUAUGCAAUAAAUAAAAUAUCAAAAUAAU